AAAGCGAGGUAGGCGGGCGCUGCAGCGCUCAUGGUGUACUCUUGAAAUCCGUGUUGCUGUUGCCGACCAUAAAAAUCUGUUGAGUGCAAGUGGAAGUGCUGGAAGUAGCAAAUGUUAAACGCUAGCUAACGCGAUACAGAAAGAAACAGCAGUCUACAGACCAGAUGUAACAAAGGUCAAGAUAACGAGAAGCACUUUUAUUUAGUAGAUGCCCGCUUUUCGUCCUGGACCUUUCAGUAACAUUAGUGUAUCCGUUUUCAUUCGGAAACCGUGCUGGACAGUUAGCUUGCUAGUGUUCAGAGCUAGUUCACGUUAUUUCUUCUCGGACACGUUUCCUCCCUUUAAAACCCCCAAAGCUGAAUGUGCUUUCUGUCAUGUGUCCGGCCGGGUGCUCCCAUGUGAACGGUUUCAAAGUGGACAAUUGGAAGCAAAACCUGCGAGUCAUAUAUCAGUGCUUUGUGUGGACCGGCACCGCAGAAACCAGGAGACGUAAGGCAAAGUCGUGUAUCUGUCACAUGUGUGGUGCACACCUGAACAGGCUGCAUUCGUGCUUAUACUGUGUCUUCUUUGGCUGCUUUUCCAAGAAGCACAUCCACGAACACGCCAAAAACAAACGGCAUAACCUAGCUAUCGACUUGUUAUAUGGUGGAAUAUACUGCUUCAUUUGUCAAGACUACAUAUACGACAAAGACAUGGAACAGAUCGCCAAAGAAGAACAGAGGAAGGCCUGGAAACUUCAAGAUGUGGAUUGUAAGCUUGUGUGUUUUCUGUCUCCAGGUAUAGGGGAAAAGUAUUCAACGUGGGAGCCCACCAAGCGGGAGCUGGAGCUGUUACGUCAUAAUCCAAAGCGCAGGAAAAUUACUUCCAACUGCACCAUAGGUUUACGUGGCUUGAUCAACUUGGGCAACACAUGCUUCAUGAACUGCAUCGUGCAGGCACUCACACACACGCCGCUGCUGCGUGACUUCUUCCUGUCAGAUCGGCAUAAGUGCGAGAUGCAGGCCAAUUCUUGCCUGGUGUGCGAGAUGUCUCAGCUCUUUCAAGAGUUCUAUUCGGGCCACCGGUCUCCCCACAUCCCAUUCCGGCUGCUGCACCUGGUGUGGACACAUGCACGUCACCUGGCCGGCUAUGAGCAGCAGGAUGCACAUGAAUUCCUCAUAGCUGCCCUGGAUGUGCUGCAUCGCCACUGCAAAGAUGAUGACAACGGGAAGAAAGCCAACAAUCCAAAUCACUGUAACUGCAUCAUUGACCAAAUUUUCACUGGUGGAUUACAGUCAGAUGUGACCUGUCAAGUUUGCCAUGGUGUUUCCACUACGAUAGACCCAUUCUGGGACAUUAGUCUGGACCUGCCUGGCUCGUCCACGCCAUUCUGGCCUCUGAGUCCGGGCGGCGAUGGUGCCGUGGUCAAUGGAGAGGGUCACAUGACCGGCUCCACCACACUCACAGACUGCCUGCGUCGAUUCACUCGGCCUGAGCAUCUAGGUAGCAGUGCCAAAAUUAAGUGCGGAGGUUGUCAUAGCUAUCAGGAGUCCACCAAACAGUUGACAAUGAAGAAGCUUCCUAUAGUCGCAUGUUUUCAUCUGAAGCGCUUUGAGCAUUCAGCGAAGUUGCGCAGAAAGAUCACUACCUAUGUAUCGUUCCCCUUAGAACUGGACAUGACACCUUUCAUGGCCUCCAGUAAAGAGAGCAGAGUAAAUGGCCAGUACCAGCAAUCAGUAGAUGUAUUAAACAAUGACAAUAAAUACUCCCUGUUUGCUGUAGUGAAUCACCAGGGCACAUUAGAAAGUGGUCACUACACCAGUUUCAUCCGCCAGCACAAGGACCAAUGGUUUAAAUGUGACGAUGCCAUCAUCACCAAGGCCAGCAUUAAGGACGUGCUGGACAGUGAAGGGUAUUUGUUAUUCUACCAUAAGCAGUUCCUUGAAUACGAGUAGCUUUAACACAUCAAUCUGCUGACUGUGGAGUGCUUCGUUCAUCCAGUGAAAGCGGCUGAGAGGGAGAUCACACCUGCAGCAGAGGACACAAUUAACACAAGCCUACCUGAAACUGUGACUACCCACCGCUUCCUUCCCACAUAGGGGCCAAAGCAAAAGAGACAAAAAACAAAAUCAUGCAACACAUUCAAACCAGCACUGAGCUAACCAUUACUUGAGGUGAGAAAAGCGGAGGAGAGGAAGAAGUGCACGACUGCUUUCUGCCUCUCCUGCCACUUUCUCCACUGCUGAAAAAAGAAGAGGGUGAAAUGAACAGAUCUGUGAAAACAGGAGUAGAGGGCACAUCUCAACUAGUUUUUGUUAUUUUUGUAGAGGGUUUUUUUUUUCUGUCUUUUCCUCCCCAUGGUGCUCUCACUCAAACCGACCAAGCGUUAGAAGCCUGCUGGGCUGAGUCAGUGUCUAUUUUGCAUAUGCAUAUGAACUCAAUGCAACAAAAUGUGUUUUCUUUUUUUUUGUUUGUUUGUUUUUUUUAUUUAAAUAAUGGACUAGCACAUCAAAAGGUUUGUUUGUUUGUUUUUUUAAAAAGAACUUAUUAUGAACAUUGUUUGUGAUAUUGGUAAUGAAAUACUAUAUGCCUUCAGUAUCUAGUCUCCAUUUUUUCAACAGUCGACUUGGCUGAAGCAGUAAAGUAUGUAGGUCUGGGACAGUACUGCCAUGGAAGCUGAGCGCCUAGGCAAGUCUGUGUUAUUUCUGUUUAUUUUUAUAUUCUUGAGUUUACUCAAUCCAUGUUCACCUUUUUGGUUUUAAAAUUCUCUUCAACAGGGUUAUGUUGGAGUUGUUUUCAGUUGUUUCCUUCCCUCAAAUUUAUAAUUUGUAUCUCUGUUGUGUUGUGAACAGUUUUGGUAAGGUAUUAUAAAGCUGAUGCUGGCUCUCUGCUGAAGAGGAUCAGCAGACCUGGCCAUUUUUCAAGGCAAUAUUUGGCAAGACCACUCGUACAGUGUUAUUUUACUGUUGUGAUCUGUGUGCCUCUGUGAUUUUGAUCAUCCCACAAGAGCCAAGCCUGUAGGCCUAUGCAAGGCAGGUGUUUAAAGGAAGAGUUCACCACUUUUAAAAAAAAAAAAAAAAAGAAGAAAAGAAAUCGACAAGCAUCUUCUUGCCUCAGCUUUAUCUGUGAUUGGUAGAGAGGCCAUUUUCAUCACUGAACUGUUUGGUCAAAGCAUGCUUUUAGAGACCCUACUCUCACCCAGCAUUUAAAGAAAACUGUAUGUGACAAGCGAUUACUAAAGGUUGUUUUGUAUCAUUAGCACAGCAUGACAUAAAGCAAAACAUCUCCGCCAUGCACAAGUGGCGAGUCAAAACAGUCACAUGAGUGGCAAGUAGUCAAAAAUGAAGUAUGAAAUUGCACAUGCAUCAGGUUUCAACUGUUCCAUUAGCUAUAUUAAUGUUACUAUUCUCACAAACACAAUAAAACAGUAAAAUACAACAAUUUCAUUCUCAUCCUCCUCCAUAUUCCCCAUGAUGCUGUGCUUUUGCCGCAUGCAAUAUGAAGUAACUAUUGAACAGUUUAAAUCAAUUCUAUUAUGUUGUAAAUGGCCCCUGUGUUGCGGUAGUGUGGUAGACACACAAAACACGAACUCUUCCAGGAACCAUUGACCUGGGCUAAGAAUUGGGUCACAGGUUUUGUCCCAACAUGAUUACUUUGACAUCUGGUGACUUACCUAUAGAUGGUAUAAAAUGUGGUUUAAUUUUGAGCUUGCCAUGUAGGUGGUUACUGUAAGAAUUUUUAAUAGAAGCUGCAUUACUGACUCUCCCUGUUGACCUAAAGGUUUCUCUGCCUCUGUCUCAGGCCACAUACAUCCAUAGUAGUAUGGAUAGUAAGGUAUUUGAAAUGUUUCUAAUUUUAUUUUUCCACACUACAGCAUGCAUAAACCUAUGCACUUAAAAGCAUGACAUAGCACAUGAUAACACCGUGUGUAUUACGUAGUUUAUUUUUCCCCCCGAACUGAGUUCCAACACACAACCUCUCCUGUUCUAGGGCACCUGACAGAUAGUGGGUAAAGUUGGGCUCAGCAAUUUUAAAACCAGUUUAAAGAACACUCUUUCAUAUUUUACUAUUUGUCUUCCUCACACAACAGCUUCAGGCAAAGCUCAGAGAAGAAACUCUGCUCUCUGUAGCACUCCAGACAAACCUGCAAACCAGGGGAAAAAAUUAUGUGGCCCUCCAAUAAAUCAGGACAAGGAGGUAUCUUUGGCUGUGUGUUAUUCAUGUUUGGAAUGCUACACCUUCUUACAUUAGUCAUUAGGUGUUUUGAGGAAGGAUUCUGAGGGAACACUGAAGGAUGGGACUAAAUUUGUUUAGAUUUAAUUUCAAAGCUUUUCAAAGUACAAAAAUUCUAUUUUUAAUAAUCCCAAGCAGACCACUGUCAAGAAAGUGUUGUUAUGCAAGUGCAUCAUACUAACCAACUCUAGAGCAGGAGAUGUGAAUUGUUGGAAUGCACAAGGGGCCGCCUCUGACAGUAUUCUCUAUGGCAUCGUGCCUUGUGCACAGUGGUGCCUAUGCACACAAACUCAGUGCUGCUCUUUUAAAUCCGUAUGCUGUUUCCAUGUGGAGCUAAAGACAAAAUAACACACCAGUAUAUUUGUGUCUGUGUGAUGUUCUUAACAUCACUUUUCACCAAAAGAAAUCAUAACGGUAAACCUUACAUCAAGGUUGCACAGCUUAUGGCAAGUCGGCAGUUGCAAGUGACACGUGGUAAUGCCACAUCAAAGACCUCAAAAUAUAACUGGUGUGCUUAUGUUAAAAAAUAAAACAAACAAAUAAAAACAUUAGAUGACUCAGCCAGUUCACUUGUCUGCUGCAGAUUUUUUUUUUCCCUCUUUCUAUGCUAGAACUAAAUGGGGUGAAGUAAAUGAUCAUGGUUUGUCUGGAGUCUUACUAUGGCCUUUUGGUCAUUCAGGGAAACAGGAGAAGUAUUUAACUGAUUAAAACCCAACUGGAACUGUG